GCCUGACAAGAUAUCAUUGGAUGAAUUGAACUCAGCUUUAUCGAAGCAUAGCAUAUCAUCAAAUAUCAUAUUGGAUGAUUUACAAACAGCAAUAACCAGUCGAAAUCAUACCAUUGUUAUUGAACUGUUAAAAAGCUUAGAUGAAAAAACUCUAGACAUCUUGGCACCAUUUGUUGUUUAUUCUGUACUCAUGCAACAAAGUUUACCUGAUAUCAAUCGACUACUUCAUGUAGCAGCUGACAGUAAUGAAAACAAACUGUUGACAGUAUUGUGUAAAUAUGCUCAACCUUUAAUGAAAUACAGAUUGUGCUAUUCAUAUCAAGCACUACAACGACACUAUGAGGGCCAAACGAUGGAUUGGUUAUCAAUAGCUGGUAUGAAAUACUUCCAUCUUGAACCAUUGAGUAUUAGGCUAAAAACUGAUAUAACAAUGGAAAGAAAUCAAGACUAUAUGAAAUUGUCACCGAAAGAAUCAAUACCUGAGUUUGCUCAAUCUCUUGUCAAUCAUCAAAAUGAUCGAGAAACUCAAGAGUCCAUUUUGAUGUCAAUUACUCGAUCAUGGGAUACGCAACGGAAAUUAAUUCUCCUAUAUAAUCUUGCUAAUCUUGGAGCUGAGCAUCUUGUCAAACGUGUUUUAUUGUCAUUACCAGAAUCGGAUAAAAGCAAAUAUUAUGCAUUGAAGUCAAUUUCACAUAUUAUACGAGUUUGUUCCAAGUCUCUGAAUGACGGUGACGGUGAUGAUGAAGCCGAUGUCAGUGAUCGUAGAGAAAGUUUAAAAACUGUUGAAGCUGUUAUAAAUAAACUAACCCGUAUGACUCCACAGGAUUUAAUCACUGUUAUUAACAGUCCACAUAUGGACACACUGUUUCGAUGUUGGCCUACUGAUUAUAUAAUGGAGUUGAUAAGCAUUGUGAAUAAGAUAUCAGAGAAUGGAAUCAGUUCAGCAGGUUCACAUUUAGCUGGAGUAUUAAUCAAUCGAGGCUUGUGUGAUUAUAUUGGAGAGUUAACUAAUAUUAUUGAACCUAUAUCGCCAACCUUUUUGGCUGGUAGUUCUCGAUAUCCACUGACGGAAUCUUCUUUCCUGUCAACACUUGAAUUUAUGAAAACUACCGAUCCUGAGCAUAUUCCUGAUUUCUUGGAUAAUUGUUUACGUGUUGCAGCGGAAUCCCCUGUAGCAAGUAACAAACUGACUGGUUUAAUACGUACAAUGACUUCAUCAAUGGCUUCUAAUAAAGAUUUGUUGAAAUCAAUUACUCCGUCAACUGUUCAGCUGAUUAGAAGUCAUUUAGCGAAAUCUGAUAAGAUCCCAGAUGAUAUUCUUCAGACACUGGACUCCAUUCUUCACGAAGACAGUAAUACUACUAAUAAUAAAGACAAGUAAUAAAUAUGGAAUACAUGGUAGUAAUAAUAAUGUCUCAAAGUUAACAAGGUGAACAACAACACUUUGCAGCAGUCAUCGUUAAUCGUCGUAGUUUAUUAAGUCUCACCCCCCCCUUUGUAAAACCUCUCUACACACUAAUGGCGUGGACGGAGGGAGGAUUUUUUUCUGUUUUUUGUUUUUUUGCUCACAGGAAACUUGAACUAAUGACACACAUCUUUGCAAUGCUUAUUUCUGUACGUAUUCAUCAUUCUUCAACAAAACGCUCAACUUGAUUACAAUGUAUAUUGCAUUUAUUACUAUUAUUAUUACUGUUACUGUUCACUGGUAUAUAUCAUAAAUGUAUUAUAAAUUGAAUAAUUGAAAUCGUGAUUUUGAUUACAG